AUGUCUUCUAAACAAACUCCUUCAAGCGUGGCUAACUCUUUGAAUCCAGUGGGAAACGAGUUUGACGCCAUGCCGGUGGUGAAUGGCAGCGGACCUGCAGGAUAUGACCGAAUGGUAUUUGGAACUAUAGGACUUCAAAACGUGCCUUUCUUGGGUCACAAUAGCUACAGCAAAGCUUUAACCAGUGAUAGUCAUAGGCCGGUUGGUCAGCCUCCAGCAGGUAACGCCCAGUUGUCGAACUGGAAUGUCACCAACCGAGGCAACCACGGUACCGCAAUGGCCGUUCGUACUCCGGUCGCCUCCACGCCCCAAUUAGCAGCACCGUCGAAGACUAUCCACCUAGAUCUCGACAGUGGGGAUGAACGUGACGAGCUCGAUGAGUUGGAUUGGACUCCUCCCUUCAAAAAUUGUUCCACCCGAAUCUUUGAGGCGACGAUGCGUUCGCACAACCCCACUAACUCCGAAGGGAAACGCCAGGCGACGCGAGUCCCGUCGUUUGCUUCCAGCGCGUCCGAUGACGUGGUCAUCGAGGCGCCCAAAAAAGGAAAAGCCCCUGUUAAGGAAGUGAACGUGAUGGGAUCAUACAACGUCAAACUGGGUUAUUUGAUGUAUACCAAGAAGGGAGUCAAUCCUCUCAAAACCUCAGUUCAAAAGAUGAAAUCCGGGGCUGGUAAAUGGAUGGCUUAUCGCAUCGAGCCGACUUCGAAAAUCAUCGAUAUCGACGACAACAACUUUCUCGCUCUCAAAGACUUGCUUUUUACCAUAGCUGACACCAUUGAUCAAGAUGCACCCCCCGGAGGCAACAGCGCGAUCUUCAAGCUUGCCGACGCUAGUGGAUCUGUUUCUAUCACUGCCUAUAUCGAUCGUCAUGACGUUUUCAGUCGCAGCAAGGGACGAAAACUGGUCAAGGAUCAAGACGUUCAAGAUUUUUUUGCCGCCGUGCAGCUUGCGCCUUUGAAAGAGGCGGGUCUGCACAUCGCCAUGUCCGACCCUGCGAAAUCGGCGAAAAUGGCUGAUACAAAAAUUGCUAUGGCUCAAUCCCGUCUGAAGGCCAUCAGUGCCAUGAACAACUCGACUGUCUCGUCGUCGCAAUUGGCCGAUUCGAUACCCUUGGACCCGAUUCAAGUGAACCUCGAAUCACUGAUUAAGAAGUAUGGCAGCCUCGAAAAUCACAGUCGUGAGGGCUGGCGUGUGUACAAGCCACUGGAGGCUUCGAAGUUCAUGCAAAUGAAUUAUGAGCAUCUACACAAAUGGGCGCAAGAAUUGGCCGAAGCUCAGGCAGGUGUUGACUUAGAGAAUCCGCCCAUGUACCUCAACGGUUUCAAAUGGACCGAUGUGAAAAGGCCCUUGUCGACUGCCGCUGGUCCUCCCACCGCUAAGAAGAACAAAGCGGCCGACGCUGAUUUUCCUAACCACGAAAAACCUGGUGGUUAUGCUGAAUGCCAAGGCUAUCAUAUCAGCGUCACUCGAGAAGGCAUCGAGGAGGUCAAGAAGUUCUCCACCUUCGAGGAGUUCUUGGACUAUGCUGGUAUCGCCCCUUUUUUUGUCAAGGAAUUGGCCGAAGCCUUCGGCGACCACCACAUCGACUCAUUUGACCAAUUCUUGUUCCCUGAGAUCAUGGACAUCCGCGACGUGUUGAGGUUAGGGAUAUCAUGGGGCAUGGCCAUGAAGCUCUUCGCUCAAAGUCGCUUAUUUUAUGCUCAAAUCACGAAAGAAAUUGCUAGUUACAAAACCCCAAGCCCUCCUAAAGGUCCUACGCCUAUUAAAACUGCACGAUUCGCUGACCCGGUUCAAUCGACUCCUACUGUCCCUCGCGCGGGACCUAGUCAAUUCCCUGGCUGUGCCUCUCGUGACUGA